GAUUUUUUUACAUAUAGAUCGGCUGGUCUAACUCAUCCCAUGAUCGAUCAAUUUUAUGACAAAACGCUUUCUGAGAUCGAAUUUAGUAUUUUACAAGUGUACCGGAAUGUAACGUUUGCUCCCGCAGUUGCCUAGCAACUAGCCGGCAGCGUGUUGUCAAACAAUUCAUUCUAACCCAAGAAUUCCUAGCUAACGUUAGCUCGGUCAAGUUGGCACAUUUGGUUAUUAGCCAAACUUACUUGACAACGAAGUCAACCAACAUGUCUGAAGUUGUUUAUCCACCAGAAAGUGUCUACAACCUCAUACCAAAGGAAGAGGUUCGCACUGAAAAACCGCCGAGGUAUAUGUCUAAGUUUAGACAGACGGUUGUUCUUGAGAAAAAGUUAACCAAGGACGCAAUGAGAACAAUGGGACCAGCAAAAGUAGAGGUGCCGUCCCCAGACAAAUACCUCAAGAAGCAUGCGAAAGAGCCCAAACUGCCUGAAAAAACUGAGCGCUCGAAAGAGGUUCGUAACACCUCCACCAUGAGGAAACCACCUGUUCCUGCAAGGACAGAUAAUCCACCUAUGGGCAUUCACACCAAGAGAGACUUUAUAAAGACAGCUGCAGUAGUGCCGAUGAAGCCAGAGCCGACCUGUGUGGACACCAACAAGGGACACAAGCAGCGCCUUGAAAAUUCAGGACUUGUCCCCAAGUACAUCAAGAAAAAGGAUUAUGGAGAAGUACCUGAGUAUAUUCUGCAGCGCAGUGAAGAAGAGCGAAGGGCUCAGGAGGAGUAUGACAACUUUGUGAGAGAACAGAGGGAGCAGGGAGCCAUGAAGCACCUGUCUGAUGAAGAGCGACAGGCUGUCCUGGAGGCCCUGAAGAAGAACUGGGAUAAGCUGCAUCAUGAGUACCAGGGCCUCUCACUUGUCAUCGACACCCUGUCAAAAAAAGCCCACAAGGAGCAGCUUGAAGCGGAAAUGAAGAAGCUGGAGAACGACAUCAACCUCUUCGAGAGGUUCAAAACCAUCUACAUACCCAAUAUCUAGGACAUUAAAAACACUCUUGGACCUGGGCCAGUAGCUUUGAAAUCUCACUGAACCAUUUCCACACUUGUAGGUUUUCAAAGUAACCUACUGUCUCUAAACUAUUUCUGAAUUUUCAAGGAAAACCAGCAGUUAUCCUUCAGUAAUAUUAAAAUUUGAGCAUCAGAUAAUGACAAAUGAUUAUUCUUUCUGUCUUGUGUUCUGCUCUCCUGCCUUUUAAAUGUAUUGUGUCAGAGAACUUCUUGAGACUUCUUCUCGGCUUGAAGAGGAGUUCUUAAACAGCAAUGUAAUUCUGACUGAAUAAAAUUAUCAGCAUAGAAACUGAACCAAAUAUUUGUUGUU